AUGUGGAAGGUGCCGGUGCCGGUGCUGCUGCUGGUUUGCGGGAGUGCAUUGCUCUGGGCUCCGGCAGGAGGAGCCAGCACAGUCCUGCCAGAAGAUGAUGUUACGACCCCAAGUAGCAUGGUGACCCCAGGUGUGGAUGACAGUACGAUGACCCCAGCUGCCAGUAGACAGUCCCAUAAGCCUGCUGGCUCCACAAGUCAGGUGCCCACCAAUGCCAAGCGCACAGACACUCCUAUAGAGGACCUGCCAACGACAGAGAGCACAAGCCACCCCCAAGAAGGAACCCAGAGCACCACAGCCUUGAACGAGGCCUCUAGUCAUCCCAGAGGAGACACACAUACAACAGGUGCAAAAGAUGGCUUUUCAACUGGGACACUGAUUGGAAUCAUAGCUGGCGCCUUACUAGGCAUUGGAUUCAUUGCUGUGAUCACCAUUGUGGCCGUGCGAAAAAUGUCGGGAAGAUACUCGCCCUAA